GGCUGGCUCAAACUGCAUCAGGAACAGUACAUCAACACCUUGGCUGAGAAGUACUCUCUGCAGGAAGAACGGGAAGUGGCCACACCUUUGCCUUCCGAGUUCAAACUCAUAAAGGCAGCUGAAGGAGAAGGAGUUGAGAGUGAAGACCAGAGGCAAUUCCAAUCCAUGGUCGGGAGCCUACUCUACGCUGCUGUGCAUACUCGGCCUGACAUCAGCUUUGCUGUGGGACAGCUGGCUCGAGUAGUGCAAAAUCCAACAGAAGAGCAGUAUGGUGCAGCGGAGAGAGUGGUGCGCUACCUCAAGUCAUACCCUACACCAGCGGACUUCCUUACCAAGCGGCUAGCUGAAGAGCCACACUGGCGCUGUGCGAGGAUGGCGAGAAUGUCCUUGAACUAGAGACGGCGAAACAAGCCGACAGUCUGAGGGGGAGU